AUGAAUUCAGAAAUCAACUCUGAAACUUUGAAAGGUUUGAAAGAUCGAAUUAACGAAUUAGAACAAAGUGAAAAGAAGCUAUUAGCCGAAUUAGAUGACCGAGAGCAAGAUAUUAUAAUCUUAAAUUAUGAUUUAUCAAGAGCAAAUUCUCAAUUAAAAUAUUUGGAUAAAAAGAUGAAACAGCGAGAUGAUGAUGCAACAUAUAGGCAAGCUAAUAACCUUUUAGAAGAAAAGGUUAACGAGCGAGAAAAAGAAGUUAAAGUCCAGCAACAAAUAAUUAGUAAUUUAAAAGAAAAGGUUAAAGAACGAGAAGAAGAAGUCAAAUCUAAGCAAGUUACUAUUAAUAAUUUAGAGAAAAAGGUUAGAUACAAGCAAGAAAUUAUUAAUAUCUUAGAAGAAAGGUUUAUAGAACGAGAAGAAGCAACCAAAGAAACAAUUAGUGAACACGAAGUAACCAAGGACAAGCAAAAAACUAUUAAUAAUAAAGCGAAAAAUGAAUUCAAAACGGCCCCAGAUGCUAUUCCUUUACGGUCCAUACUUGCAAUGCUUCGAUCCAAAUCGACAUACACAUCUAAAGAACAAGCUGAUGUCGUUUGGACUGCAUUCCCAACCAAUGUCUUGAGGGAUCCUAAAAAUGGAAAAAUUACAGGAUUACAUUCAUAUUCGAAAUCCUAA